UAGAGUUUCUCAGUCCAACGAGGUCUACCUGCAGGUGAAUCGAUUAUUUCGGGGAGAAGGCCAAGCCUUUCCUCGGUGAGCGACCGGGCAUAGUUAGCGAUGGAGAGUCGUUCGGACAGUAUUCGAGAGGCCUCCUCCAUUUCCUCGGCUCCCGUUCUUCGGGGCAACGCCACUUACCAGAACCUUAAGAGAAAUUCUGGAGGGAGUGUCGAACUCUCGGGCUCGCAGGCCGAUGAGAAGCAUAGUCCGUCCCGGGUACCCAGAAAGUUCAUUACGAAUUGGAGGCAGGCCUGUGAUCGAACCAAAGACAGAACAAAGGAGCUGUUGAAGAGGUGGCGAACGAUACCAGGCCAGGAAGAUGGUGUCAACGAGCCCCCUGCCAAGGAAAUCGACCAUCCCGGAUGGAGUGUUCACGUGUGGACGACCUGGGUGAGCAGGUUUCCAAGUGACGAGAGCUUGGCAACGAAUGAGAUGCCGACGAAAGAUGUUGGCGCGAUUCAGAGGUUAGCACCGGUUCAGCGUGACAAGCUUGCCCAUUUUUUUACAUAUCUUCUGGACCAUAGGAGGACCGGAAGCGUCUCGAAGAGGGACUUCGAACUUCUGUCCGAGCGGCUGAGGAGGUUUGCGGACUGGUCCAAAAAUAGUCCUGAAUAUCUACGGCUGAUGGAGAUCGAGCAGGGGCUGAUAGAGUCUAUAAUAAGCCGAGACCUCGCAGCGAGUGAGGAUGAUAAGCAGGUGGACCUUGAGGACUGGUUGAAUUGGUGGGCUCAGAAAGUCGCCCCUCCAGGAGGGAGGAGUUUCAGCGAUCUCCCUCUGUGGGUUAAGGCCUUGCCGCGCGUCUUCUUCCUAGCCAUAAACACUUCGGCAACGGGGAGAAUCACCAAGGAUGAAAUUGCCGCAUUCUACAGCUUCGUCGUCGGGUUCGAUUCCGAUCGGAUUAAGUCUUGCAUCGAUGUCGCCUACAGUUCGAUGACCUCGAAUGGAGACCAUCCGCUGGGCUGGACGCAGUACCAGCUGGUUUUCGCCAACUUUCUAUUCGGCCGGGGGCCCUUCGGCCCCGGAGAGCAUCUCCUGGGCAUGACGGAGAGCUGCGUUCUACGUGCCGAAUCGAUCUCCUUUCCAAUCGAUUACUCGGCCAUGAACACCCCCGUGGACAAAAUGGAAGUUUACAGUCCUCACUGCAAGACAAAUCGACGGAGCGUGAUUGUAUAGAACGAAGUCUCUCGUCGAUAUAUAGUCACAAUUUUUCAUCGCUUUACAAAAUACUCAAAACGAGAUUAUACAGGUAGAUUCUGAUAUGUAGAUUUCUUCCGAAGAUUAGCUUGCAUUUAUUGACCAUGGGAAAAUUAAUGUUGAUCAUUGUUCAAAGUUGACGAUAUUUUCUCGUUACGCUACUCGUUAUCUCAGUAUAGGUUCUACUUCCUGGCGUGUGGAAUUCGUGAGUUAGCCAUCCAUAUGUCAAAUUGUUCUGAAUCACUUUAAUUACAGUAAAAGUUUUCGACGAUCGAUAGCAAGAACCUUGAUUUCGUAUCGUAUUGGAUAUUUGUUGAACUUUACUAUGCAUAACUCUUAUUUUACGGCUAUGCGACAGACGUGUCUGCAGCCUGUAACGAAUAAAGUGCCUUUAUGAAAAUUGUCAUUGCUUCACGGAUAUUGCCAGACGUUUAUAGUUAGCAAGAGAUGAUUCUGGCCGUGCCUUCCUUUGAGCGCGAACAGAGGCUUGCAGUAACGAGCGAGAUUGUGAGGAAAUGCUGAUACUAUACUAAUAUCAUCCUGAAACGUCGAUUAAUUUUAAAAAAUAAUGUAUGGGUACUUUUACAGGUCCAUGAAGACAAGUUGAUGAAUGAAUAAAUAUUAAGAAAACUCAUAAAUUGUUUGCAAAAAGAGUUAAAUCAGAUUGUUUUCUAUGUGGCCCAUGUUUGAUUUCAUUUAAUGGAUUUAAUUUAUCGCGAGGAAAUAUUGCAUUCUAUAACUUACCACUUUUCUAUACAAUACACAUGAUUACCUCGUAACGCUUUGUUUUCACAUUGAUUUCAUCCUUGCAGACUUGGUAUUUCAGCUCUACGUAAUAUCUGGCGAAAAAGAGGUCGAAUAUAUUUCGCAAACAAGGGGGGUAAAUUGAAGUCAUGAACCAAACGGAAAUCGGUAACGAUCCGCGAUGGAUCUGUACGCGGUUUCCUCGAACGAGAGUGACAAGCGCGAAGAAACUCCCUUUCGUAUCUGUAGCUUUGAAGUCGAAUUCAAGAGUCGUUUAUUCCGCAGUAAUAAUUUUUUUACUGGCUUAACGCGCAAUUUGUCAGUGCGAUAACCUUAAGUCGACACCAGUAAUUUUGUACCUAUCAGGUUUGUGCUGUUUGUGCUUGAAGGGAAAAGUUUUCACCUUCAAGAAUAACGAUAUAUCUACACAAUACUAUAGUUGAUUUCACUGAAACCCUUAGAGGGAAAACGCACUGUAUUUUUAAAUUCAUAAUUCGGGAUGCGACUAAAGAGCAGAAUGGGUAUCGGUGUAGAAUUUAUCGUCUCGAUCUAACUUAAAUUUUAAAAGAUCUUUUCUUUAGAAAAUGCUAAACUCGUACAUAGCACCUGUAGCGCAAUAAAGAAUUGGAAGGUAUGAGAUAAGAGAUACGUGCAUAUAAAACAGGACAUGGAAAGAUCAAGAGGCGAGUGAAGUAAUUUAUUACACGUAUUUAUUUAGUAAUAAGCUUUACAGUGGUAUUAUUCAUGCUUAUUUGCCGGAUUGCAAUAACAAUGAUGCGAUAAUAUACAGCUCAGCAGUUAUAAACCUAUUCAUCCAUUCUCCGUAUCGGAUCUUUUAAAGUCUCGUUCAGUUUUGACCAUUCGCGGUUUAACAAUUAAUUUUCACUAAUGCAAUAUGGAUUCCUAAUUGUUGUUGAAAAAUUCACGGCGCUGAGCUUUGAGCCGACACUCCUCGGGAACAAUUUGCGAACAAUUAGAAGCUGUGGUCUUGCUCACUCGUUGGACUUUACUUAACACCUUACUAUACUAUGUACAAUACGAUUUGACAAACAUACCGCUGAGAAAUUCAUUUCAAAACCUGGUCGAAUAUUCAUGUACAUCGAAAACUUGUUGAAGUGAAGGAUCAGUAUGAUAUCAGAUGGUGUAACAGUCAACGAUUCGGUUAACCAGGCAUAAUACACCUUAUAUAACUCGAUCAAUUUCAUUUUUCUUCUUGCCCGUUCAACGCUCCAGAGUUCCCUCGUUAUAGCUAGCAAAUUAACACGAGCUUAAAAUUGUGUAGAUAUAAGCAGUACGAAACUCUGUACCAACAUAUAUCUUUAUGUAUUCGUAUCAAAAUCAUU